UACGAAGCCCUCUCCUACACAUGGGGCGCCACGGAAGGGAUCCAGCGGGCCAUCACAGUCGAUAACGGAAAGAUCCAAGUAACACCAAACCUACACACUGCGCUAUGCCACCUCAGAACAGACAAGCCUCGCUUGUUGUGGAUCGAUGCGCUUUGCAUCAAUCAGAACGACCAAGAAGAGAAGGCUCAGCAAAUCGCCCUCAUGGGCAACAUUUACCGCAAGGCUGAGCAGGUGGUCGCCUUCCUGGGUGAG